AUGCUGGCCCGGCUUUCGUUUUUCCUGAUUUUUCUACCUCUUCAAUUGGGACUGGCAAAGAACAACUAUGACAUUGCGAUCAAAACACUUGGCUGCCAAAUUAUAGCCAAGGCAUAUGUCAAUAGCUUGGAAUGUCUACUUGUGCGACAAAGGACUGCAGUGGUAGCGGUUAAAUUCAGUUUAAAUCAAACCAUCGAGCACUUCGACGUGCUUGCAACAUUUGAUUUGAUAAAAAAGGAUAAAAGCCGCAUGAAUAUAGCCGAUAUCAAGAUAGACGGAUGCAAAUACUUGGGCUCAAUGUACCAAAACAACAUCGUUGGCAAAUUGUUUAAAAGGCUCAAGUCGGUCAGCAAUUUACCAGACAGCUGUCCUGUUUCGAAGGGAAAACUGUACGAGAUCCGCAACUAUACAUUCAUUUCGGACGAAUUCCCGCCAGGAGCUCCGCAGGCCAAAUGGCAAGUGCGACUGAAAUUGCUGAAGCGAUCCGAACUGGUUGCGGACAUAUCAAUUGAGGGCGCUGUGGUCUAUAAUACGUGAUGUUAA